AUGGUCUCUACAGGGGUGUUCUUUGGCUUUGGAGACUGUUUGGCACAACUCAUGUUUCCUCAUCACAUAGAUGACGACGUGAACAAGGGAACAGAGUUCCACAUCGAGAGAACCGUGAGAGCAAGUAUCUACGGCUCGCUCAUUUUUGCCCCGCUAAGCGUGAAAUGGCACCGCAUGACGCUUCCAUACCUCAGAAGUCCGUUCAUGCUGGUGGCUAGAAGAGCCCGUUUGACCCCAACACACGUCGAGGUCCAUGAUAACUUAUUCAGACUCAGUCUAGACGCUCUUCUUAUGCCUGGUCUUGUAUGGAUCCCGUUGUACAACACAGCCAUGUCAGCAUUAGCGUUGCACGACGACCCUUUCCAGGUCGCCACAGAGAAGCUCCGUAACAACUGGUGGAACGUGCUUCGGGCCAGUUGGAUGGUUUGGACGCCAUUACAGCUUGUGAAUUUGUUUUUCGUGCCUGUCCAUCUUCGAAUCAUUUUGGCUAACGUCUGGUCGAUCGGAUGGAAUUGCUUCUUGAGCUUUGUCCACAACACCAAGGGCCACGGUAAGGGUAGCGGAAAGUUGAUCGAGGAAGUAUUGGAUAUUGAGACUGCUGACGAAGAGCAGACUAUGGUUUAUGCAUAA